GCAGGGACUAUGCAAACAAACUUAAAGGUACAAGAGUGCAGAGUACACCCCUGCUGUAUUCACUGAGUCAGCUACUAAAACUGUAUGUAGGUUCAUUUGUGUUUAGACAAAUCGGUACAAAUUAAAAAUGUUCUCAAUACAGCGAAAUUUAAUUUUCAGAUUAUUAUUAUUAGUGUUUUGUUAUUUUGUUCUGAUAACAACAGAGAGUUCCAGUCUAACAACAAAAGUGCCCGAAGAUGCUCGGCUGACCAACAGUGGCAGCCUCUGCUCCGGCAGGCUGGAGGUGAAGCAUCAUGGAGAGUGGAGAGCUAUGAACAUCAAGGAAGGAGCUAAAGCCGAGGGGUAUGCACAACUGGCAUGCACACAGAUGGGUUGUGCCUCUGUAAUUUCUGUAACACACAGCACCAAAAUAACUGACCAGCAACCAGCAUGGGAAGUUGAUUUCACAUGCCAAGGCACUGAGUCAACUCUUAAAGAGUGCAGAGGCAGCACAAGACGUAGAAGAGUGCAGGGCAUCGCUUCUUCUGCCUCCAGUAUGGAAGUCAUCUGCUCAGAAUUUGUGAAACUUGUUGGGGGAUCAGAUGUUUGCCGUGGCAAAGUGGAGGUGAAGUUUGAGCACAGUUGGGCCUCGGUGUGUGUAGAUGGCUUUGACUCUGAGGCUGAAAAAGUGGUCUGCAGGGAGCUCGGCUGUGGAUCAUCACAGUACUUGAUGGGGUCAAUUAUGAAAGAAGGGCCAGUCUUAUCCAAACAAUACCAAUGUAAAGGCAACGAGUCUCAUCUUCAGGACUGUGCCAGUUUAACCCGCAAUGACUGCAGAUCAUCUGCGAGAAUUUCAUGCAGGCCUUAUGAUGUGAGACUGGUGGGAGGAGAAAAUCAUUGUAAAGGCACACUGGAGGGAAAGAAUCAUGGAGAGUGGAGGCCCCUGAUUGAUUCGUGGAAUUUCUGGAGAUCAGAAUACUCUGCCGAGGUUUGUAAGCAGCUAGACUGCGGAAACUUAAUCUCAACAUCAAGGAGCCGUCUUCCGAAAAGUCAACAUGUGUGGCGGCUUACAACUGACUGUGAUCUCGGUGGUUCCUCAUUUUGUAAAUCAUGGAUCGCGGAUGGCUCAGCCGAAGUUUUAAUGUUGUCCUGUUCAGAGGCUGUGAGACUUGUAAAAGGGCCCAGCAGAUGCUUAGGUGAGCUGCAGGUGAAGACUAGUCAGUCAUGGAUGUCAGUGCGGUCGUCUGACUUAAACCCAGAGACUGCACUAGUUGCCUGUAGAGAUCUUGGCUGUGGGUUUCCUGAUGUAUACUAUGGAAAGCUGUAUUCGGACCAUUUUCAAAAUCCAGAACAUAUAUUGAAUCGGACCUUUAAGUGUGAAGGUAAUGAGAAGCAUCUUGCGGAUUGUCCCUCCACUACGUUCAACGCCACAAAAGAGGAACUACAAGAAUGUCUUCAUACCUACCUGACCUGCAUAGAACGUCCACAUGAACCUUUUAUUAUCAUCCACACCCAGCAAAGGGAAAUCUCUGGGACUUCGUCAGAAAGCUUCAAGAUUUUCAAGGGCCAUCGCUUUGCCAUCACUUGUGCCUAUUCUUCACCUUACAAUAUACUCUCUAUUCGCCUAAGAUCUGGCGUUUACAGCCAACACCCCACUGAGCAGACCCAGUCAGCCGUGGAUGGGAAAGCCAUUUUCAUCUUUCCUGCUGCAGAGGAUGCCCACAAAGGGACCUAUCUGUGCGAUUACAACCAUGAUUUUGAUCCGGAAACUUUCUCUAAGCCAAAAAGUUUCUCUCUCACUAUAAAAGAUGCCAAUAAUGUGAGGUUGGUGAGCGGAGACAGUCAUUGUGCUGGCAGACUGGAGGUGGAGCAUCAGAAAGAGUGGACCCCAGUGAGCUUCGGGCACUCCUGGAGUCUCAAGGAAGCAGCUGUGGUGUGCAGACAGCUCAACUGUGGCUCCAUUGUUACAACCAGUAAAGUAGACCAGCUGACUAAACCUCUACCCAUGUUGCGAUUUUAUUCCGAUUGUGACGGCUCUGAGCAAGCACUGAUGGACUGUGGGACAGUGAAAAAGUUGCCUUCCUCUUCCACUGUUGAAGUGGUCUGCUCAGACAUCCUUCUUCAACCGAAAAUGGACGUUUUCACUACGAACAGCGAACUCUUUGAGGACCAGCAGCAGGAUCUGCUGCUCUACAAGGGCCACAGCUUCACUAUCAACUGCUCUGUGAAGCCACAAUACCCCGGAGGUCAUUUCAGCCUCAUCUUUAACGGUUUCAACCAAACCACCAGCCACACCCAACAAGCUGUCAACCACUCUGCCCACUUCAUGUUUACUGCAGCAGAUGAGAGCCAUAAAGGGAACUACAGUUGUGUUUAUCACAACUUUCUGUUCAAUCAUAACUUCUCUUCUGAGAGCCAGAGUCUCUCUGUUAUUGUCAACGAGGUUGAAAGUGUCAUGUUGGACGAUGGGACGCUCAGGGACUAUGAAUUCACAGCCUGUGCUGGCAAGCUCUUUGUGUACGACGAGGAGUGGAGACUUCUGAGCAGCGAGUCCAAAGUGUGGGACUUGAAGCAUGCUUCUGUGGUGUGUAGAGAGCUUGGCUGUGGCUCUGCUGUUUCAACCAAAGCAAUUGAUCUUCAUAAUAAGACACUUAUGUGGCGAUUUUUCUCCGACUGUGAUGGAAACGAGUCUGCACUCCUGGACUGUGGAACUGUAGAGUCGUGGUUCUUCUCCUCUGCUGUUGAGAUGGUCUGUACAGGACAUAACUGGAAUGGCACAACCUGAACAUUCCUCACCCUGAAGACAGCCAGAGACAGCUCACAAUCUACAUUAUUUAAUCCUAACGAUCAUAGAUUAUUGUAUUGAUUAACCACAGACGGUGGGCAGAGAAGAGGGAUUAUUACCCAAAAAAUGGGAUUCAAAUGGGACAUUUUACAUAAUUACAGUGGAAUAAUCUAUUCUUACUUUUUUUACACAAUUAUAUCAAAACUUGUUCAGUAUUUCAUGCCAUUAAUUCAAUCAUAUUAGCCUUAAUGUAUCAAAUGUAACAAAUAAAAGUACCUUGCAUUGCCUUGGAGUCUACUCAUUACUCAAUGUUUCCAGACCACACCUUUCCAGAAAGCAGGUUCAAUAAACAAUGGGCCUCAUUCACGAACCGUUCUUAAGAACAAAUUUGUUCUUAAGUCCUACUUACGAAGAUUUUUUUUUUUUUAAAUUGUAUUUUUUUGGGCUUUUUCAUGCCUUUAAUGGACAGGAUAGUUGAAGAGAGACAGGAAACAGGGGGCAGAGAGAGGGGAAUGACAUGCAGUAAAGGGCCGUCCGACUCGAACCGGGGCCAGCUGCAGCGAGGACUGUAGCCUCUACACAUGGGGCGCCUGCAUAACCCACUACGCUACCGACCACCCCACUUACGAAGAUUUUACGAAGACUGUGCCAUUCAUGAAUUUUUUUCCUAUCCCGGAUUUUUCUUAGGUAAGAACAAAUCCUAGGAACACUCAGGAGUACUCUUAAGCACAUUUCAGUGCUGACAUGUUGGCACGGUUGUGUUUUCUUCUUUUGUUAAGUUCAAUAAAAUACAUUACAGUGAAAUUUCCGUCAUAUUUAUGUAUUUAUUUAUUAAUUUCAUUUUUUUUUUCAUUUUAAUUAAAUUAAAUGUGCCAACACUUCAACAUGAAUCAAGUAAAUUGUGUCACACCGCGGUGAGGUUUGUCUUGUUCGGGGUUUUAUUUUGUCUUGUGACUUCCUGUUUUAUUUUGAAAAUUAACUCUCCUCUCGUUUCAGAUCACUUGCCCUUCCCCUGGUGUCACUAGUCUGAUUGUCUUCCCUGAUUCCUGAUUGUGUCCACCUGUUCCCCAUUGCCCUCAUGUGUCUUAUAGUCUGCGUCUCCCUUUGUCUUGUGCCAGAGUGUUUCGUUCCUGUCGAU